AUGACGACCUAUGGGUCGGAUGCAUACAAUGCAUCGUAUGCGCAGUUUGGCAAAAUGUCGGCAGAGGAUAUGGACUUCCGGGAUGCCGCGCUCAGCAACAUUACUCCCAGCUCGCCUGUACACAGGACGUGGAACUCCAGGGAUGAGAUGUUAGCUUCCAAGUCAGCCAGGCAGCGUGUGGCAGUGGAUGACUUGCAGCUGCGCAGCAUCCAAUGUGUGAGAGUUGCGCGGAUCGUGGGAGGGACCGGCGAGGAAGAGGAAGGCGAGAUUCAGCUGUCUCUUCGCCGAUUCACCCCCCAGGGGCUCAGCGAACCACCAGUGAUAGUUUUCUUCCAUGGUGAGAGCUACGUCGCUGGCGAUCUGGAUACUCAUGCAUGGAUGUGCGAAUCAUUGGCUGUUCUGUCCCGGGCCUCGGUUGUGUCGGUAGCGUACCGGCAACCGCCUGAAGUGCGCUUCCCGGGAGCCUUCAAUGACUCCUUCGGGGCGAUCUGUUGGGUCGCCGAAGGCGGCCUGGGCUACGCGCCUCCCUUCUUGGCCCUUGCGGGCGACGCAGCUGGGGGAGGACUUGCGGCAGCCUGCGCGCUGCGGGCAGCUGUGGAUGGACCUAGAAUAGCUCUGCAGGUGCUCUUCUAUCCGUGGCUGGAUGUGAGGCCGACCAGCCAAUCCAUGCUCAACUUCGAGGAGACGAACGACCUCCACCUCAUGAUGCAGGAGGAACUAGCUUUUGCCAGCGAGGUGUACGGCCCGAAAGUUGACAUCCCCGAAGAUGAGGACGAGGAGGAAGAGGAGGACGACGAGCCGAAAGUCUUAGACUGGAUGAAGGCAAGAGAAGCCUCGCCACUCCUUGCGGAGUCCCUGCGGCCCAUGCCGCGCACUUUCUUGGCAUAUGCAGCGGACGACAUGCUGGCGCCGGAUUGCCGGGCCUUUGCAGCCCGCCUGCGGGCAGAGGUGGGUGCAGAGGCCGGGCAGCCAAUAGGGUUUAGUGUCACAAAAGGGUUUAGGGCUUGUAAGGUUUAG